UGGGCACUCAGAUUAUUUUUGCCGAGGUUGACAACGUGCGCUCCGUCGUUCCGCGAAAAAAAUAAUUUAAUCCGUUGUCGCGAUUUUUUAUCAGUGAUUAGAGACCAAAAAAUAUCCCAGGAAUGAAGCAAACUUUAGACUACGCGAACAAGGUGAUUCUAGCGCCCAUGGUCCGAGUGGGAACGCUUCCGAUGCGGUUGCUAGCGCUUUCGUUUGGAGCCGACAUUGUUUACACCGAGGAAAUCAUCGACUGGAAGCUUCUCAAGUCGGAACGACGAGUUAAUGAUGUCUUAAAAACGGUGGACUACGUGGAUAAAACAGACGGAACCAUCAUAUUCCGAACGUGCGAACAAGAAAGAGGGAAAGUAGUGCUUCAGCUUGGAACUGCCAAUGCAGAAAGGGCCUUACAGGUGGGUCUGAAACUUCAAGGGGACAUUGCUGGCCUGGAUGUGAACAUGGGCUGCCCGAAGGAUUUUUCCAUCAAGGGUGGCAUGGGAGUUGCCCUGCUGUACGAUCUGGAGCGGGCCAAGGGCAUUCUGAAAACGUUGGUGGACAAUCUGAGCAUUCCGGUCACGUGCAAGAUCCGAAUCAUGCCCCAGUUGGAAGAUACCAUUCGAACCGUUCAGGAGUUGGAAUCGACUGGGAUAGCGGCGAUAGCUGUGCACGGAAGAACAAAAGUUGAACGACCUCGGCAUCCGGUGCAUCCAGAUGUGAUCCGUGAAGUUGCAAAGAUAGCAAAAAUUCCGGUCAUCGCGAAUGGAGGAUCUCAGGAGAUGAACAAGCGGUCUGACAUUCUGAAGUUCCGAGACGCUUGUGGGGCCUCGAGUGUCAUGGUAGCAAGAGCCGCCCAGUGGAAUUGCUCCAUUUUCCGGGAUGAGGGACCUUUGCCGAUAGAGGAGAUAAUCGACCGAUACCUGCGGUUAGCGAUCGAGUACGACAACCCACCCUCGAAUACCAAGUAUUGCGUUCAGAUGAUAUUGAGGGAUUUGCAAGAAUCGGAGAAGGGGCGGAAAUUUUUAGACAGCCAAACGUUGGAGCAAAUUUGUGAUGUGUUUAGCCUUGGACAGUAUUGUAGGGCGAAGCAGCUGGAAUAUCACAAUGCGGGCAUACAGGGUCGAAGACAGGCUGCUCCCCGAAUAGCCGAAGAUGAUGAGCAGGAUGAAAAUUGCCCGUCUAAGAAAGCCAAAGUUGAAAAUGGUAUCGGCGAAGAUGUGAUUGAGCACAAUAUCAGUUUCAUCCGAGUCAACUAUAAUGAUGAUGGAGAGCUGCCCAAAAGUAAACUGUACAUCUAUACGGUGCGCAACAACCUCAAGUUGCCGAAGUACGAAGUGAUACACAAGGACAAACUUUUCCGAGCAAUCGUUCAAGUUGGUGACGAGAAAUACAGCAGCUCUUUUUGGGAGAAAAGUAAAAAGUACGCGGAACAAUCUGCCGCUUUGACCAGUCUGCUACACCUGGGGAUUGUCAGUAGAGAGAAGUUAAUCGAAAAUGGCUCCAUGAUAGGAUGAACCUACUUUUUAAGCAUAAGAUGCAAAAUCGAAACUUUAUUUCCAUGAGAUUUCGUUAAGUUUGGUUUACAUAAUUGUAAAUAUGUAGCAUACAGAGGAGUUUAACUAGUAAAAAGCUGAAACAAUCAAGACACUC